AAUCUUUAUUGUUAAUCAUCGAGUGAGAAUACAAUUAGCUAAUUGUCCAAAAAUAAUAUCAAUUGUUUCAAUGUGUAAACAAGAUAAUCAGAAAUUUCGUUUCCUUCCUUUAUUAUAAAAUACAAAUAUAAUAUUUAUUUAUAAACAUUGCUCUUUCAAUUGACUUCAAUCAUCAAGACUACAACAAUUAAACUCAACCAGUUUUCAAAAUGUUUUACAAGCAAAUUAUUGUAUUUUCAUUGUUUCUUGGUUCCAUCUUUUGCUCCCAAGAGUCCGAACCACUUGCCGUUGUGCUGAACGAAGUAGGGGAAGACUAUGUUAUAAUCAAUGUGACCGGUUCAAUCAUGGUUAAUGGUACAAAGCUGGGAGGAAUCAUUGUGACUUAUGAUAUUGAAAAACGGAUCGACUCGAAAAGCCAAUGGUUCUCCCAUCUUGAUCUUAGAAAAGGCCUGAAAAAGAAACAACUCAGUCAGACCUCAACUCACGAGACUUUUCAUCACGUUUACAAGCUGAUCAACCUUGAACCAGGCGCUUAUUAUCGUUUUAAUGUGCAAGCUCGAUAUGGACAUCAGUCUUUUGUUGCUGAAAACUCUCCCCUUUAUGUAAAACUGAAAUCACCAAAAAUCUCUGGUAAAGUUUCCAAGCAACAGUUGGCCAUAAAAAUUGAAGAUCUUAAUGUUGACAAGUAUUUUGUUCAAGUUAAUCGAGUCGACAAUAAUUUAAAUCAAUUUGAUUGUGUUCUAAACAUUUCAAUGUCUGCCUGCUUUGGAAAUAAAAGUUUGAUAUUGACUGACCUAACUGAAGGUGAAAAAUAUCAAAUCAAGAGUUGGUACACUGAUUUUGAUGGUACAAUUUCAGAAGAGACAGUAAAUGAAUAUACUGUUUAAGUGAUUUAACAUUUCAAAUCAAUGGAUAGCCAACUUUCUUUGCGUUCAUCAAAACAAUUAAAAACAGUAAAUUAUGGAAGUUUACCGUGUGAAAUAACUAUUAACAAAUUUGAUAUUGGCUUAAAA